GGACGCUUUGAAUAACAGAGGGACUGUGAAAUAAAAAGCAAAAAAAAAGUGACACAAGCUGUCAGUCGAAGCAAGACAAGCAAGACGCAGCCAUGCCUGAGCCCACAGAAGCAGAGGUAAAACCAGAGGAAGCUCCAGGAGAUGAUGCCGAACCAACGGAGCUGACUGGACUUUUUGUGGAGAAGCCAGAAAGUGUGGUGGCCAUCGCAGGUAAAGAUGUAACGUUUGUGGUGAAGGUGGACUCCACCAAUCUGACACGUAAACCCACCAUGAAGUGGCUGAAGGGCAAGUGGAUGGACCUCGGCAGCAAAGCUGGAAAACACAUCCAGCUGAAAGAGACCUAUGACAGGAACACCAAGAUCUACACGUAUGAGAUGAAGUUAGUCAAGGUGGUCCCAGGAGAUGCGGGUGGAUACAGGUGUGAAGUGUCUGCCAAAGACAAAUGUGACAGCUGCACCUUUGAGGUCACGGUGGAGGCUGCUGAACAAGAGGAGCAAGCGGAUAUUUUGUCUGCCUUCAAAAGAGCUGAUGCUGGGGAGGAUGAAGGUGAUCUGGACUUCAGUGCCCUUCUCAAAGCCGCUAAAAAGAAGAAGAAGCCAGAGCCUGAGCUGGAGGUGGAUGUUUGGGAGCUCCUGAAAAGCGCUCAUCCCAGUGAAUACGAGAAGAUAGCCUUCAAGUACGGCAUCACUGACCUGCGUGGCAUGUUGAAGCGACUCAAGAAGAUGAAAGUUGUGGAGCCCAAGUUCAGCGAGGCUUUCCUGAGGCGUUUGGAGUCGGCAUACUCUGUUAAUAAGGGGAAGAAGAUCGUCCUGUCUGUGGAGGUAGCAGAUCCUGCGGCGGAGGUCAAAUGGCUGAGGAACGGACAAGAGAUCAAACCCUCUGCCAAGUACAUCAUGGAAGCCGAUGGAAACAUUCGAACCCUGACAAUCAACAGAUGCAGUCUGGCAGAUGAUGCUGCGUAUGAAUGCGUGGUCGGGAAUGAUAAAUGCUUCACUGAAGUUUUUGUUAAAGAACCACCAAUCACCAUCACUAAACUUCUGGAUGAUUAUCAUGUUGUGGUUGGAGAACGAGUGGAGUUUGAGAUUGAAGUGUCUGAGGAGGGAGCUCACGUCAUUUGGUUGUUUGAGGAACAGCAGCUGUCUCGAGAUGACAAAGAUUCAAAGUACCGUUUUAAAAAGGAUGGAAAACGCCACUGUCUCAUUAUUCAAGAAGCGACUUUGGAAGACAACGGCAUGUUCUAUGUGUACACCAACGGAGGCCAUUCGAAAGGAGAGCUGAUUGUUGAAGAUAAGGAACUGGAAGUGUUGCAAAGUAUCGCCGAUCUUACAGUCAAAUCGGCAGAGCAAGCUAUGUUCAAGUGUGAAGUGUCUGAUGAGAAAGUGACAGGCAAAUGGUUUAAAGACGGAGUGGAAGUUCUGCCCAGUGAGCGCAUUAAGAUUUCUCACAUCGGCAGAAUUCAUCGUUUAACUAUUGACGACGUGAAGCCUGGGGAUGCUGGAGAUUACACAUUUGUGCCGGAUGGUUAUGCGCUCUCCAUCUCCGCUAAACUCAACUUCCUGGAAAUCAAGAUUGACUAUGUUCCCAGACAAGAUCCUCCCAAAAUCCAUUUGGAUGUUGCUGGUAACAUGGUUUCCCAAAACACCAUCAUUGUUGUGGCUGGAAACAAGCUGCGUCUGGAUGUGGAGAUCACUGGAGAACCUGCUCCCGUGGUUUGCUGGAUGAGGGAUGAUAAGCCGGUGACAGACUCGGAGGGCCGAGUCCGUGUGGAAAACAAGAAAGACCUGAGCUGCUUCAUCAUUGAAGGAGCAGAGCGAGAAGAUGAAGGCAACUACACCAUCACUGUCACCAACCCGGCGGGAGAAGACAAAGCCCACCUGUUCAUCAAAAUCGUAGAUGUUCCUGAUCCUCCUGAGAACGUGAAGUGCACUGGAGUUGGAGAAGACAAUGCUAAUAUCAUCUGGGAUCCUCCAAAGUUUGAUGGAGGAGCACCUUUAAAGGGCUAUCUGAUGGAGAGGAAGAAGAAAGGAUCAUCUAGAUGGACGAAACUGAACUUUGACGUCUACGAGAGCACCACAUACGAGGCCAAGCGCAUGAUUGAGGGCAUCUUGUAUGAAAUGAGGGUGUUUGCUGUCAAUGGCAUCGGCAUUUCAGCUCCCAGCCUCAACUCGAAACCGUUCAUGCCGAUAGCCCCUACCAGCGAGCCCACGAAGCUGACGGUGGAUGAUGUGACGGACACCACGUGCUCUCUGAAGUGGCUCGCUCCUGAGAAGAUCGGCGCUGGAGGUCUGGAUGGAUACAUCAUUGAGUUCUGCAAGGAAGGAGAGUCGGAGUGGCAUCCCGCUAACACAGAUCUGGUGGAGCGCCAGAGUUACGUGGUCAGAAAUCUUCCCACCGGAGAGAAGAUGAACUUCCGUGUGGUUGCAGUGAACAUUGCAGGCCGAAGCCCUCCUGCGCUACUGGGACAGCCAGUGACCGUCAGGGAGAUCAUGGAGCAUCCAAAGAUCCGUCUGCCUCGUGACCUCAGAACCAAGUACAUCCGGAGAGUCGGAGAGAAAAUCAACCUCGUCAUCCCCUUCCAGGGCAAACCUCGUCCUAUUGCCACAUGGCAGAAGGACGGCCAGCCAGUGGAUGAGAAGAAAGUGGGCAUCAGGAACUCAAAUGUAGACUCGAUCCUCUUCAUCCGCUCAGCUGAGAGAGAUCAUUCUGGAAAAUACACACUUACACUGAAGAUUGAAAACAUGGAGGACUCAGCCACUAUAGAAAUCCGAAUUGUAGAUAAACCCGGCCCUCCGAUUGGAGUGCAUGUGACUGAUGUCUGGGGCUUCAACGCAGCAUUAGAGUGGAAACCACCCAAAGACGACGGCAACUGUGAGAUCACCGGCUACACCAUCCAGAAAGCAGACAAGAAAACCAAGGAGUGGUUUACGGUGUAUGAACACAAUCGCCGCACAAACUGCACCGUGUCGGAUCUGAUCAUCGGAAACGAGUACAUGUUCCGCGUCUACAGUGAAAACCUCUGCGGCCUCAGUGAAGACCCCUGCAUGAGCAAGAACAACGCCAUCAUCUCCAAAUCCGGUUUGGACUACAAACCUUCUCCUUAUAAAGAGAAGGACAUGAACUGUGCUCCGAAGUUCACUGCGCCACUGAUCGACCGAGCUGUGACUAUCGGCUAUAGCACCGCCAUCAGCUGCGCUGUCAGAGCCUUCCCCAAGCCGAAGAUCAUCUGGAUGAAGAACAAGAUGAUUAUUGGUGACGAUCCAAAGUUCCUGAUGCAGAAUAACCAGGGAGUUCUCACGCUCAAUAUCCGCAAACCCAGCACCUUCGACAGUGGCAAAUACUCCUGCAAGGCUGUAAAUGAACUCGGAGAAGACGAGGUGGAAUGCAGAUUGGAAAUCAAAGCCGCACCGAUAGAGAAGAAGGACUAGACGGAUGAGAGCCUGUCAACAGCAGAGACCAAGCGGAUCGGAAAUGACGUCCACUGAGUACGAUUGACCACAAACCUCUGCUUUAAAGUCCUGUGUGUGUGUGUGUGUGUUCAUGAACACCAGCUCACACGCUCUCGCUCUGGUUUUUUUAGCUUCUGAUGGCUCUGAAUAAACACUCGGUUGACUGCAUUAAGCCCCAGUGAGAAAUAUUUUUAUCAAAACUAUAGCAACCGGUGACGUUGUGCCACGGACAAUUAUGCAUGUUCAAAAACAAUGGCUUUAAUAGCGACUGAAAAAACGCAGAUCUGUCCUUGCAGUAUUAGUCGCCACAAAUGAUUUUAAGUGAAAGCGAGCGAACUGUAAUGUGAUCUGAAUAAUCGGAGUGCGUUAUAUGAUGACUAUGAGUCUUAAUGCAGUCUUAAAGCAUUAUCUAGAAUGUGUUUGUUCAAUUGUGUCUGCAGUUGUUGUGUUGCAGAACAGAAAAUAAAACUAAUAUAUGACAACUA